AUGUCUGAGCUGGUCUCCCGGCUUACAGACCUCAACCCCUUCUCAUCCAAGACGCGCGCCGAACGCGAGGUCGACGAUGAGGACAAGGGUGAGGAGAUUGACGACCACACCGUCGCCGGCGGCGGGCACGGCGGGCGGUCGUCCGAGAUCACCAAGACCCAGCUGCGCAUCAGCCACGCGCUGCGCUGCCUGAUCGCCUCCAAGGACAUCCUCACCGAGGCCGAGGCCGGUCUGGCGAACCAGACCAUGACGCCCGCGUUGCGCCAGCUCCUGGACAGGCCGCACAUCCACGUCCCGCCCGAGCUGACGGACCGCUCGCGUCCCCUGCCAGAGUACUUUGUCAGCUCUAGCCACAACACGUACCUGGUCGCGCACCAGCUGUACGGAACCUCGUGCGCCACCGCCUACAGGACCGCGCUGCGGACCGGCUCGCGCUGCGUCGAGAUCGACGCCUGGGACAAUGGCGACGACCGCGACGAGCCCAAGGUCACGCACGGCUACACCCUCGUGUCCAAUAUCCCCUUUCGCUUGGUCUGCGAGACCAUCAGUGACGUUGUUGACGAGGAGGCCGCGCAGGCCCGGAAGCUCCCUGCCGGCCCCGACGCCGCCGAGAGGGAAGACGAGAGCUACCGGCCUGCGCCAAUCCUGCUCUCGCUUGAGAACCACUGCGACGCGGCAGGUCAGCUGCGGCUAGUCGAGAUCAUGCGCGAGGUGUUUGGCCACCGGCUGCUCGACAAGCCGGUCCGGGAUAAGGGCCACGCUGAGCAGGAAGGAAGCGGGGAGCACGUCAGGCUGGAGGAGCUCGGGUCAAAGAUUGCAGUUAUUGUCGAGUGCCACCUGUCGGAGGAGGCGGAUCUGUCUGACGACGACGACGACGACUCCUCCUCCUCGUGCGACGAGGCCGAGCGCAAGGACCGUGAGCAGUACAAGGCCGAGGCCAAGGCGACGCGCGACACCAUCAUCAUCCCCGAGCUGGCGGAGCUGGGCGUGUACGCGCAGAGCGUCAAGCCUGCCAACGACGCCUGGUUCAACGACACUGCGCAGGCGCGCGACCAGACGCAACCCCUCGCGCUCCCGCACCACCACCUCAUCAACAUCUCCGAGUCCGGGCUGUCGCGCCACCUCCCCGAAGCGGCCGGCAAGAUCGCGGCGCACAACGCCCAGCACCUGAUGCGGGUGUACCCCAAGGGCACGCGCAUCUCGUCGCGCAACAUGAAGGUGAUACCGUUCUGGGCCGUGGGGGCGCAGAUCUGCGCCAUGAACUGGCAGACCUUUGGCGCCAACAUGCAGAUGAACGAGGCGCUGUUUGCCGGCACCGACGGCUACGUCCUCAAGCCCGAGGCGCUGCGGAGCGGCGGCGAGAGCGGGACGACCAAACCGCGCCGCCGCAGGCUGAGGCUGCACGUCGCGGGCGCCUCGGACAUACCCCUGCCUGCGGGUCGGGAGCCCGACGAGAUCAAGCCGUACCUGACGUGCACGCUGGCGUACGGCGGCACGAGCCUCAAGGAGGUGAAGCGCAAGACGUCCCCCUACAAGCAGCACAAGAUUGGUUUCCUGCACCGCGGGGAGAACCCGCCGCCGACGGACCCGGUGUGGGAUGAGGAGUUGGUUUGGGAAGAGUUUGAGGAUGACGAGUUGGUGUUUCUGCGCCUGUACAUCAAGAGCGAUGAUUCCUUUGCCAGGAACCCCAUACUCACCGUUGCUCCUAUCAGGUUGUUGUAUGCGGUCGACGGGUGGACGUUUAUCAGGAUGCUGGAUCUCAAGGGCCACGAGACACGGUGUGCUCUGUUGGUUAGGUUUGAGAUUGAGGACUUGUAA